GUCAUGCACCGCCCUUUCCGGCUGCGACGUCACUUCCGGAAGAGAAGAAGCCGGAAGGCCUAGCAUCUCGUCCUGACCAGGUAAAUGAGGAUUCUAUGGAGCCAGCCCUUGGAGGGGAGAAACCUUUUCCAUGCCUGGAGUGUGGGCAGAGCUUCACUCGGAGUGGAGAUCUUCAUAGACAUCAAAGGAUUCACAUGGGGGAGAAACCCUACACAUGCCAGGAGUGUGGAAAGAGCUUCACCCAGAGUACCAGUCUGCGUUCCCAUCAAAGGACUCACACUGGGGAGAAACCCUAUAAAUGCCUAGAGUGUGGAAAGGGGUUUGUUGAUAGUUCGGGUCUACGUUCGCAUCAAAAGACGCACACUGGGGAGAAACCCUAUACCUGCCUGGAGUGUGGAAAGAGCUUCACUCAUAGUUCAGGUCUACGUUCACAUCAAAGGAUUCACACUGGGGAGAAACCCUAUACAUGCCCAGAGUGUGGAAAGAGCUUCUCUCAGCUUUCAAAUCUACGUUCACAUCAAAGGAUUCACACGGGGAAGAAACCCUAUACAUGCCCAGAGUGUGGGCAGAGCUUCGCUCGGAGUAAAGGUCUACGUUUACAUCAAAGGACUCACACUGGGGAGAAACCUUACACAUGCGUGCAGUGUGGAAAGGGCUUUGUUCAUAGUUCAGGUCUUCGUUCACAUCAAAGGACUCACCCUGAGGAGAAACCGUAUACAUGCGUGGAGUGUGGAAAGGGCUUCAGUUAUAGUUCACGUCUACGUUCACAUCAAAGGACUCACACUGGGGAGAAACCCUAUAAAUGCCUGGAGUGUGGGAAGAGCUUCACCGAGAAUGGAAGUCUACAUGCACAUCAAAGGACCCACAGUGGGGAGAAACCCUAUAUAUGCCUGGAGUGUGGGAAGAGCUUCACCGAGAAUGGAAAUCUUCACAGACAUCAAAGGAUGCAUACUGGGGAGAAACCGUAUACAUGCGUGGAGUGUGGACAGAACUUCUCUCAUAGUUCAGGUCUACAUUCCCAUCAAAGGACUCACACUAGAGAGAAACCCUAUCCAUGCCUAGAGUGUGGGCAGAGCUUCAGUCAUAGUUCAGGUCUACGUUCCCAUCAAAGGACUCAUACCGGGGAGAAACCCUAUAAAUGCCUGGAGUGUGGGAAGAGCUUCAUUCAGAGUACCGGUCUACGUUCACAUCAAAGGAUUCACACUGGGGAGAAGCCCUAUACAUGCCCGGAGUGUGGGCAGAGCUUCACUCACAGUUCAGGUCUACGUUCACAUCAAAGGACCCACACGGGGGAGAAACCCUAUAGGUGCCUGGAGUGUGGACAAAGUUUCGCUGAGAAUGGAAAUCUACGUAGACAUCAAAGACUUCACACUGGGGAGAAACCCUAUAAAUGCCUGGAGUGUGGACAGAGCUACACUCAUCGUUCAAAUCUACAUUCACAUCAAAAGACUCACACUGGGGAGAAACCCAAUAUACGCAAGGUGUGUGCAGAGAGCACCUCUGAGAGUUCAAAUGUACAUAGACAUGGAAUUCACAUUGGAGACAAUAGUGGUGUUUGACCCCGGAGAGACUCCCAAGGUAGAGCUUUCCAAACUUGUCAUGUUGGUGACACACUUUUUAGACAUGCAUCCUUUUGUGACACUGUAAUUCAGUUUAACAAUCAAAGCGAAGCUUAAACCAUAUACUGUAUAAACAAUUCUUGUGUAGUUUCCCUUAUGGCUGCUCCAUGUUGGUUCAUCACAAACAUCAUUGUCAACGGACCUCACAACCUGUCAUAGAGAAUGCUUCUGGAACUUGGCCAUACAGACCGAAAAGCUUACAACAAGCCAGGAUUGUAUUUUCCUAAUCAGAAAUGUAUCCAUUUAUGUGGUAAUUACUGUAACUCAGCUUACAAAUUGUGCAGAUAACAAGGGAUGCCAUUUGGAGGUCUCUUUCCCGUGGAAGUGGGGGGAGCCAUUUUUCAUGCAAUGCACCUGUGGACUACAACUGACGCACUUUUGUGUCAUGCCACGCCGUUUGGAAAGCUCUGCUCUAUGACGUAUAAACAGAUUAAAAAUGCCUGCAUUCGCCACAGAUACAAGCGAAAAGUUGGGAGAGAAUGCUCGUUAAUGCUGAAAAGUGAGAGCACAAUGCUGAGAUAUUGUUAUGAUAUUACGCCGCCUUUGCAGAAAGGCCCAGAAAUAUUGUGUUUGUCCACUAAGGAGCGGAUAGAAGUUGGGGCCGAUCUAUACAGCAGGUUUCAGCAGGAAACUUUAGAACUGUCUUUUUAGGGAUGGUGGGAAGAAGAAAAUAAACACUUGUCUCCAGCGUUUUAUUGUUGUUGUAACGAUGCCACCAAUUUGUGACGAGUUUGUAAAGGAGCCACCACUUUGUAAGGGUUUAUUAACUUGAUAGCAUAGCUAAUAGCUGGUGAUAUUGACUUGGUCUUUCUUUAAUGUGUAGCGUGACUUAACUUGGAAAGGAAUUGUAACGGAGACCGGGCUUUAAAGAAAAACAGUAACAAGUUUAUUAAAAUGUAGAAGGAGUGUGAUGGUUUCAAUGUUACUUAACUCUUAGAGGCACAUAUCUUCAAAGGUUACAUUUAUAACAUUUCUUAAACAACUCUGGAAGGGACUCUUCCUUCCACUAAACAGGUUUCAAACUUAUUUUUCUUCAAACUGUGUUUCUUUCUGUGACGAUGUGUAAAUUUUAUUCCUUUGGUUAUGUGUAAUUUAAACAGUAGUUUAUGGAUGGUAAGUAUGAAGGAAUAUAUUUUGUUGGAUAUGGUGGCUUGGCGUUAGCUGGGUUGCCAUAGCAACAGGGGUGGAGCCAACUGCCUCUUCAUGGGGCAGCUGUUUUUGAAAGUCAGUCAGUAAGCCGGUGAGCUACUGGGUAGACUGAGUCUCUGGGUGGAGAUUCAGGGAAUAUGUCUGUAGCCGGUGUGCUAUAGGGAAGACUGAGUCUCUGGGUGGAGAUUCAGGGAAUGUGUCUGUAGCCAGUGGGCUAUAGGGAAUUCUGUUAAAUAAGCCUUUUAGCUUAUUUGUUAUAUUAGGACAGUUGUCCAGAAGGGUUACAUCUGCUUAUAGAAACUUCUUGAAGACUGUGCCUGAGAUUACUCAUGAAACAUUACUAAUGUAACCAAUCAAGAUUUGUGCCUCUUGUGAAGAAACAGUUAAACAUGUUAUACUCCUGUUAAAAUAAACUUGUUACUGUUUUCCUCAAGCCUUGCCUGAUACAGUUUCUCCUAAGUUGAACAGCCUGCAUAAGUAAAGUCAAGCCAGGGACAGUAAAUGCUACGCUAUCAAAUGAAUAAAGCCUUCUGUAAUUAAUAGUCCCUUUAUAAAAUAGCUCUUAAGCUGAUAUUGAUCGUUGCCCAGCUUCCCUCGCAGAUUAGGUGGCAGUAAGUUCAACCACGCUCUUUCACAAUUGGUGGCAUUCGGUGGCAUUAAAACGGUCUCCUUUACACUUUCCUUAAUAGAUUGCUUCAGUUACAAGCUUAUUCUUUCUUUGUGAUGUUUCUGUUGCAAUAGAGAUCUUCACUGGGUUUCUCUCACCCCUUCUCUCAUACACUAACUAGUAGUAUAAAUAAGUUAACUCGACUUAUUUAAACUACACAGGCUAAAAGCCAAAACCUUCUUGGUACUGACUACUACAGAACCAGCCACUCCUACAGUUCACAGACUGUAGACUAACUUACUGGUUCUCAACACAAACUAGAACCAGCCUCUCCUGUGGUUCACUGACUACAGACUGACUGUUUUAAAAUGGCUGCCCUGCCAAGUGGCAGUUGGCUCCGCCCUUGUUUCCAUAGUAACCGAGCUCAACAUGAGCUGAACUGGCCACCAAACCCCUUAGUUAUGCAACUUUAAAUACUUACCCUUUAAACAUCUAUCUAUAAUUAUACAUAACUGCAAGUUAAAAAUUUACACUUCACCACAGUUGUGAACUUGAUUUUAACUCUAAGAUCUUCCAGAGUUUGACGGACAGGAUGCUGCAAGGACACAUGAACCGGCCAUAAAAGUCACUUGCCCUGAGGACUGAAAAGGUGGGCUGUGGUGUGUGGGAAAGGGCACGCACCUGUCGACUACAUUUGACACACUUUUGUGUCACGCCACGCCAUUUGGAAAGCUCUGAUCUAAGACGUAUAAAAGCAAUGCUCGUUCAUGCUGAAAAGUGAGCGCACAACGUUGGGAUAUUGUUAUCAUAUUACGCCGCCUUUGCAGAAAGACCCAGAAAUAUUGUGUUUGUCCACUAAGGAGCGGAUGGAAGUUGGAGCUGAUAUAUACAGCAGGUUUCAGCAGAAAACUUUAGAACUGUCUUUUUAGGGGUUGUGGGUGUUGGGGUUCAGCCUGAUCCUGAUCUGUGUGAACAGGAUUCUCUGAUAGUUUUUCCAACUGAGCAAGCUCUCCCUGACGCUGACAGUGUGGAAUCUGUUGUUGAUGCAGAGGUCAGUGGGAAUGAAAACGAAACCCAACAGUUAGAAGAGAAUGUUUUGGAAGUUAGCUGUGAUAUCUGCCCACCUGGGGUUGAUAAUGAGGACCGAAGAGAACAGAUAGUGAGAGAUAGAUUUGUUUCCCAGUCUGUACGAAGGUCACAGCGUCUUCAGCAGAAAGAGGCCCAGACAGAAAAGUCAAGGGGCGUUUCUAAGAAUAGCUUCUUUGGUUUAAGAGCGUCCCUGCCGGGUGCUUCUUUAGGUCAAGCAACGUUCGGGACUGUGGCUGGUCUUGGCAGAAUUCCUGUGUUCCAUGGCCAGUAAUCCCAGAGGCUUCUAGUUUCCAAGUUCAUGGUUAGUAAAAGGCUAACAGACUCCUGGUUAUUGUUUUGUGGCUUUUGAAGUUUUGCUCAAGUUCAGAGAUCCUAUUGACUACUGUGUUUUUCUGUGGCUUUUUGACUCUGCAUUUACCUUUCUUUUGUAACCAAUUUUUCAUCAAUAAACAAGGAUUGCUUUUCCUACA